UUCACAACAUGUUCAAAAAGGAAUUCUCGCCCGGCGCCAAAUCAAAGGUCAAAUCGUCCGCCCAACGAGCCAUUCGCGCGAAAGUGAUCGAAACCUACCCACUCAUUGAACCAUACAUCGAUGAGAUUCUUCCGAAGAAAGAGCAGAUAGACCUCGUCAAGGUCCCUGACCGUGUAUCGCUAUACUGCCUGGGCAGCACACCGCUUUUCUGGCAACACAUGGACGAUGCCAUCAUUCCGCACCUGACGAUUGUGCACAAAUACCCACAGUGCUUCAACCGCAUACGCAUAGACAGAGGCGCAAUACGCUUCGUGUUGAGUGGAGCGGCAUUGAUGGUGCCUGGGCUGACGUCUCCCGGCGGAAGACUGCCCGGUGGAAAGGAGAUGGAGGAAUAUGCCAACGACGGGAAGGAGUUCGAGGCUGGUGAUGUCGUGGCUGUGGAGGCGGAGGGAAAAGAGCAUGCUUGCAUGAUUGGUGUGUUGAAAGUGGGUACGAAAGAGAUGAAGGAGAAGAAGAAAGGCCCCGCAAUUGAGAAUGGACAUUACGUUGGAGAUGGGCUGUGGAGGUUAGAUCUUGGUUGA